AUGACGUUCACCAACAUGUACCCUAUCUUCGACAACAGCAACCUCUUCCAUCCCUACUUUUACCCCUUGGUGGACUAUCCCCUCGUCUAUCUGAGCUUACAAGAAUACGAAGUCUUUCCCAGGACGCUCGCAGAAGUUCAUCCGCCUUUGGUCUAUCCGCAUUACAUCGAGGACCCGGACCCGACCUUCAUCAUGAAUUCCCUCCCUCCCGACGAUAUGGAGCGGUUCCAGAAACUCUCCAACGAGUACGAACCGGAUAUACAAGGUCCUCUCGUCGGCCCAAAACAAUCGACGGAUGCAAUUGUUAGCGAGUACGCGCAGGGACAUCCGAUCUAUGUCGCGAAGACCUCUGCGCUUGCCGCGACGCAUUCAUUCUAUCGAAUUAUGAAAGGGGAUGGCAAUUGCGGCUGGAGAGCUAUCGCCUUUGGCUAUUUCGAAAAUCUCUUCCAUUUGCGUGACUUGAACAAAGUCGCUCAAGAAACCGCCAGAAUCAAAAGUUUCAACAACUUAUUGAACUCCGUCGGCCAUCAGGAGGACCUCUAUGAGAUGUUCGUUGACGCAACUAUGGACCUCCUCGCAAAGGUCUCGAAGGCCAUUGAGACCGGUAAUUAUGACGACACGUUUCUUCUGGACGAGUUUAAUUUGGAAUAUAAUUCAACCUCUAUAAUCCAGCAUUUCAGGUUGAUGACAAGCGCUUGGAUGCGACUGAAUCGCGACAGGUAUCAGUCGUUUCUUUCUGAGCCCCUGGACAAUUACUGUGCAAAGGCAAUCGAGACUGUGAGAACGGAAAUCGACGAGAUUGGCCUCCAAGGCUUAGUGGAUGGCGUCAUCGCCGAUUCAGGCUUUGCCGUCCAGAUUGCCUACCUAGAUCGGAGCAGCGGCAAUGAGGUCAAUUUCCAUCUACUCACUCCUAAUCAGCCUAGCCUUGCUACUAUCAGAUUACUUUAUCGACCGGGCCACUACGAUCUUCUAUACCAGGGGCUUUUGGGUUCGCACUCCGACAUCCCAGUCAACUACCAGGUCGGAUUGGCAUACACAUGCGCUCCUUGGUGUGGGAACGGGUUGCAAUUCGACUUCAAUCCGUAUCUAAUGGCAAUUCCUUCUCUCACUCUUGAUACACACACUUGCACACAUCCACCACCACCUCACAUAUCGCAUUAUCUACCCCUACGUUCGGGCCCUGCAUUCCAUCCACCCAUGGCUUUCAGCCCUCCACCGCCAUUUGAGCAGCAACUUUUGCCUGGCGUGCCGGCCAGUCCCUUGCCACCUCCCCCUGAUAGAUCCAACGAGCUGCCAAUCCGGAUGAAUCCCUUGGUCCGUGAACCAAUGAAUACUAUUCCCUUGAGCUCCGUCCCUUUCCGAAAGUAA